ACUACCCGCAUUCCGAGUUCAUCAGGUGGGGACUCAACUAGCCACAUGGGACCAUGUCGUCGUCGUCGACGUCCACCAUUGUCCACCAUCCCGCAGAACCACCCCCUCCUCCUCCCGUUCCACCCACGCCACCCUCUCGGGGACGCAUUCUUGCCUUAAAAUGCUACACAAAGGCGAAAAACUCACUCUCCAAAGGCCUCUCGCGUUCCAAAAAUAAAAACAAGAACAAGGACAUUAGAGAUUUACAGAGUCCGACGGAAGAAAAUAAGCACGAUUUGCUGGAAGAGUUGGCUUUCCAUGUGUCAUCAACUUCGUCCACAUCGUCCGCGUCAUCCGUUGGUGAACCGCCUUCCGAUCUGGACGAUGAUGAUGAUUCGUACGAGCGAAUUGAAUACGGCGGACCCACACCGACUCCUCCAAGGACGACGACCUUCACGACAAACGCGUCCCCCUGGACGACCGAGGAAGACUAUGAGGACGACGAUUCGUCAAAAUGGACCCUCAGCGCUCCCUCCUCAGCCGAAGAUCACCACAACUAUCUUCCCCAUCAUCCCGAAAUUGAUGAAGAUAUUUUCAGCCCAGAUCAAUCCGAAGCGACGAGUCCACCCCCACCACCAGCACAGCCACCCAUGUCACCGGACGUCCCUUGCUUUCCAUCGUCAUCUUCCUCCUCGGCAGAUUCGUCGUCUUCUUCCGACUCUUUCGCAUCGUGCGCUUCUAAUCCGGAAGAAUUGGAAAUCAUUAAGAAAAAGGUGUCAUUACCGUCGCCUAGUAAGAGAUUCGUGUGGGGGAGACGCGUCCUUCCUCCCGUUCUCAUACCGAUCGACGGAGAUGAAGAAGAGGUACAGAAACCAGAAGAAAUGAAACCAGUACCGGAAGAGGACAAAGCAAUUCAUCAUCAAGUUGACGAGUCCGUAGCAAAACCGGAAGUUGCACAAGAUAUCGAAGAACCCAAACUGGAGAGUGACGGCGAAAUCGCUAAAAACGAGCAAGAAGUCGACGCUGACGAUAACGACGCUACAGAAAAAGACGUCCUCCUCCUCCUAGAAUCUGAAGACGAACAGGACGACUUAAGUCACAGUGAUGCUCUCCCCCUCCCCCCGUCGUGGGGGGAAGAACGACCUGAAACCGGUCCUGGAGAGGAACAUCACUACCAAAACGUUGUCACCCUGCCGACACAAGAAAUCCACCGCGUCCUACACAACGUGCCCCCUCGGGUUAUGGAAGCCGUCCGUGAACGGCGACGCCGCUCCUCCGUCGAAGACGAAACCCACGGUCGCUCCGCUAGAAUGAGUCGUCUCCUGCAAAAAGAGUUGAAAACCUUGGACCAACCCGGCGUCGGUGUGACCCUGAUUCCUCCCCGCGUUCGGAGGUGGCGUAUCGGAAAGAAAUCAUCCUUCGAAGUUCCCAACCUCGACUCGGACGAUCCAGAUCACGCCCCUAGUAGCAAAAAGAGCAGCAAGGAUGACACACACCAGGGCGGGAGUGAAUUUGAAGACCUCCGACGCCUGGUAAAAUCUGGGGGCGAUUUUUGCAAAGAUCUCGCCGUCGUAUUGCACGAAAGGUCCGAGUUGGAGUCCACCUAUGCGAAAGGUCUGUCUAAACUGUCGGCGAAAUUGUUAAAGGCAUCGAAAGAGGCCAAGGGCUCGGUUGCCCACGCUUGGCAAGCCGUCGCCGUCCAAAUCGACACACAAGCCGAACUUCACAGACAAUGGUCCUCCUCCCUGGAAGACGAAUUGGCCAAACCACUCCGCACAUCGACCGACACGCAGCACAAAAUUCGCAAAUCUGUCGAGGUUUUAGUGGACAAAACGACGCGAAAUUUGGCCGACUGGAGACUCGCGGAAGCAAAAUCCAAACGACACUGCUUUUCGAGUUCGAAAGAGUUCGAAAAACUGCAGCAGCACGAUGCCUCCGUCGCAAAUAGUGGAGGUGGUGGUGGACCACUUAGUAGUAAUAAUCGCUUAAAUGCAGAAGGACGCCCUCGCUCAAGGCUGCUCAACGUUCCUCCCACGGACAAGGAUCCCAUCAAGUUGGAGUCGAAACGUCGCAAAGCGGAGGAGAACGUACGUCGCGGGGAUGUCGACUAUUAUACGUUUUGCAUUCGGUCAGAGAGGGCAAGACUUGAAUGGGAAGGGGCCAUCCGUAACGGUUCGACCUGUCUUCGCACCCUUGAAGAAGAAAAGCUCUCCCUUUUGAAAGAAAUGGCGUCCAAGUAUCUCCACCAUCUCUCAGAAUUCACGCCCCGCUGGAUUCACAGCAUCGAAUCUCUGACCGAACCCAUCAACGCGUCCUCUGUUUCAGACGAUCUCGCCAGCGUGGCAGAUAUUCGCCGCCAUGUGGGUGCGGAACAGCUGCUACCCGACUUUUAUGCGGAGGACAGCUCAAAUCUAAUGAAUAAGGCGAGACGACGGGAGGUUCUCGAGAAAUGCUUAUAUCUCAUUACUCAAGACUUGGAGCGUGAAAAGAAGGGAGCCGUCGGGGUCGAAAAUCUGGCCAAGGCUGUCGCCGACACGCCCACGCCGGACAAUGCGCAUCACGACAUUGCUGAUAAGCUUUACUAUCUCCGCUCCAUGCUCCUCUACCUUGAAGCUGCCCGCGCCAAAGUGGACAAUGUCAUGGCCGAUGUCGAAUCUCGACCACGGAGCAACUACCCCAUUUCCCAGUACAUGCGUCACCAACGGGACAAGCAGGGGCUGCCCCAAACAAUACUGAAAGUCCCGUCAUGGGCACGGGAGGAGUGUCUCGCCCUCUCCCCCGUCAUCAUCCCCUCGCCCACAACUAAUAAUUGGUCGUCAUCAUCCAUUUCUUCCAUUCCACACCAACGCGGCAAGGCGGACGGGACUUCGGCCCACUUGGAAGAAGAGGACGAAAUUUGUGGAGGAGGUGAAUCCAACUUGAAGGAGGUCGAGUCCGUCCAAGUGGUCAUGCCCAGUAUGACGAGAUCCCCCACGUCCCCUGGAAGUGGUGAUGGACCAAGUAUCGGGAAAUGCAGAGCGAUCUACGACUAUGAAGCCAAUCUCUUUGACGAGUUGUCCAUCCGCGUCGGUGAGGAGAUUAAUAUUCACGAUAAGCAGGAGGAUGGCUGGUGGUUGGGCGAGUUGCACGGCGCCAUAGGAAUAUUUCCGGCAACGUAUGUCGAAGAAAUCGUGUCGUCCCCGUAAAAUAUUUGAGGUCUUUGAAUCUCGCUGGACUGGAUCUGACUUCUUCCGGUGUUUUUUAAAUAAAAACUGACAAGCUGAAUGUAUGAAUGUGCUACAAAAACGAUUGAUAAGUAAUUUAUUAUUCAAUAUUUAUUAAUAAUUCCGCUAAACAUGCUUGAAAUCGUGCUAUGUCGCCGCUGGUGCUAUAUUUAUGUACACUUUUCGGAAAUGAAAUGGUGUAUAAACUGUUAACAACGAUUAACUUUUCAUAGUAUAACUUAUUGUUGUGAUAACUAUAACUCAACGUCAGGAAGAAUGUCCCGAUUUUAUUAACAAAAUAUCAUCCUAUUAAUUGUUUUGAAAUAUUAACCAAUCAAGUAUUCAUGUACAGUGUGAAAUGGAAAGAGAGUGAUCGCGACGAGAUCCAAAUAAUCUGACGAUGAGAUUUGAAGAUUGUUCAAUUAAAUUGCUUAUUCUUAAAAAAAAA